UAAAAUUAAUUUUACAAUUAAGCUUGUUUCGAUAAUUAUUACAAAGUACAAAAUUAGUUAAUUUUGAUUUUUGCAGCCUCUCUUAGGCUUAGUUUUCGUUCAUUACAUUCAAGAAUAUGAUAUUGUGAACAUUUCUUACCGCAGUGCUUGCAUUCACAAUCUAUUGUCGCUUGAGAAUGAAAAUUUUUAUUCUUACAAAAUAAAUAGUGGUACCCGUGACAGGCAAAUCUCGUAAACACUUGGCGAUCACUGAACAUUGCACAUUGCCAAUUUUUAUUCUUCAUAGUUUCUGUCUCGUAGAACUCAUCACAUAUCUCAAGUUUGUUUAAAUAUUUAGACACACAAAAUUUCUGGAAUGCUUCAGUUUCAGUUAGAGAAUAUUUUACCUGUAAGUCCGAUACAAAGAGAUCAGUGUCAACUAAUUCAUACACAAAUCUAGAUCUAAUAUACUUGGACAGUCCUAAAACUCUUUUUAAAUAUCUUGUUUUGACUUUUUCAAGAUUUUCAAAAUCAGUCUUUGUUAGGAAAGGCCAUAUUUCUUCAAUGCCGUAGGACGCAAUUGGGGAAAUUUUUAGAUCAAAUAGCUUGUGUGCUGUUUCAAUGGAUAAUUGUUUUAGUUCUCGUAUAUUAUAAGUGGCCAGCAAUGCAGCUCUUGUUCUUUUUUCAAUGUGCUUUCCAAAAGAGAUUCCUGAUGGUUGAAAAGUAACUCCUAAAUAUGUAAACUCAGCAACUCUCUCUAUUUCAAUUCCACCUAAAUCUAGGCGGUCACUUAAUGCAUAUUUUCCUAGACCCUUAUUUCUAAAUUUCAUGAAUUUGCACUUUUCCAAGUUAAGUUUCAAACUGCGUUUUAACAAAAAUUCUUUCAUUCUGGCUAAAGCAAUUUUCAAGUCACUUAAUUUUUCUGAGGUUAAAACAAUAUCAUCUGCAUAAUAUUUUAACUCCUUUUUAUACAAUGUUGUGGUAACGCCCCUCUUUUAUUCAUUGAACCAUUGAACUCUGCAGUUGCAAUAAAAUUAUUGGUUGCCACAGCCACACACAACUGCCAGCAAGUAGACGGACGCAAUCACCUGCGUAAUUCCCUUCCAAAAGUUUGCUGUUAAAGAGUAAUUAUUUGGCUUCAUUCAGCUUCAUUUUAAUGAAACAUUCUUCUAGACUUAUAAAAAAGCUGACGGAAAUAUCGCUUUAUUGUGGUACAAAAAUCAAAUCUGAAAAUUUACUUUUUCCUCCUUUAAUUGUUUCUGCGCAUGGAUUUUAUGUUCGCACAAUGUUAUUAUUUGGUUCACAUUUUACCAAAUAAAUAAGAAAAGAAAUCAACAUGGAUGAACUGAAACUGAAAUUCAAACUUCUUAUCAACAAACAAAACCGGGCACAAGGACAAUGGAGGAGGGCAUCGACUUCUUUUGAGGGGGACGGCACAGGAGAAUCUGUGAUAUUACCUGCUAACAGAGACACGGUUGCAAACCUUGGAGUGCAUCUUAAAUCUACUGACUUAAAGGAAUUAGAUGACCAAACUACAGAUCAAGAAAUUUUGAAGUCUAUUGAACAAAUCUACUUUGUAGAAAAUGAUUUUGACUUGGCCAAAUAUGAACUAAAGAAACUGUCAGCAACCCUCCAGUGUGAUGAAAUCCAAAGGAAUCUCAAAGUUUUGAAUCGGCAAAGAGCUGUGGUUCUAAACCAGGCGUUGCAGCUAAUUCUUAAACAGCAGCCAUCCUGUCAAAAAGAAUUUGAAAGAAUAGUGGAAAUUCAAGACAAAUUGAAGUCAUCAGUAGAGUCAUGCAAGUCAGGGCGCUCCCAAUUGAAUAUUGCAAAGCAGCAGUUCACUACUGCAAGUUUAGGACUUUUGGCAAACUACAGGAAGCGUCAAAGAGCUGUAAAUCUUUUGAAAUCACUGUCCUCUAUUAAGACAUUGCAAUGCACGAAGGAGCAACUACAAGAUUUGUUGAGGGAAGGAGACUUUGCUGGAGCCAUCAACCUCCUAAUAGAGUGUCAAAGUGUUGCCAGUACCUUUCGCCACUUCAAAUGUGUUGCUGCUCUAAAUUCCCAGCUCCAAGACACAUUGGAAAUGGCUGAAGAAUCAUUAGACCAAGCUCUAGCAAAUUCGUGUUUAGAUUUCAAAUCCGAAGUGUAUACUAAACUUCAAGAUGCUUACUCCCUUCUUGGAAAAAGUCAAAUAGCUGCUGAUCAACUUUUGAUGCACUUCUAUUCAGCUGUUCAAAAUAUUUCAUUUUCAACAGUUUCAAAUUACUUGCAACCUAACAUACUUGGCGCAAGUAAAAAAUCAUAUCCUGAAUUGUGCAAGUUCAUUUCGAAGGAAAAUUUUGUUCCUUGUUUAACUGAACUUUGCAAGUCUCUGUGGAACAUUGCUUGUUGCUACCGCGAGGUUUCAAAGUGGCACAUGCAUAAGAUCCCCAAAUCACCAAGUCGCCGAACAGAAACUGUUGAAGUUGCAAUGGCCACACAGCACAUAAAACAAAAGCUGGAAAAGGGCCGUAGUAGUAUUUGGCAAGAUAUGCAGAGCAAAGUUGCUUCUUUGAUAAUCGCAUGUGACCCAUCUAACUAUAAAUUUGAUGAGUUCCUUUGCAUCCUGGAUCUUGUUGAUAAGCUUGCCAGAGUUGGAGAAGAAUUUUGUGAGAAUGCAAACUCCAUAGAUUUGCAAAAUGCCGCACGAAGUCAAAGUUUGAGCUACUUGAGGUCGUACCAUCAAGCUCGACUUGAUGAGUUGUGCAUGUUUCUCGAAAACGAAGGUUGGGCACAUUGUCCAGUUCGAUCAAAUUUCAACGCCCUUCAGCUCCAGGAGUUCCGCUGGGCCGUUUCAUUUCCUGAAGUAAGCAAAAGUAGACUGAGCUCAUCAAUAUCAUCCAGUAGCAGCAUUGAUGGAUUUUUCUCCCGACAUCCUCGAUCAUCAAAUUCGACGCCAUUUGAUCUAAAGUCGGAAAUGUCUGUAGAAGAGGAUUUUUUUACCAGUAAUGGGAACAACUCAAGUGAUGAUAGUGAUGAUGACACAAACGGUAGGAUCGGACACACAAGAGAGAGGCACACAGUUCUUGUUGCCAAUACCACAUUAUCUGUUUUACGUUUGAUUGGACGUUACCUUUGGAUGAUGCAUCUGCUGCAGCCGAUAGCGCUGGAUAUCUUGAGACGUCUUACACAGUUGUUUGAUUUAUACCUCUAUGUGAUUCACUCAUUCUUUGCAAAGGAAAAGCCUUCAACCAGAGAAUUUGAAUACACAUAUCAAUUGCAAUCUAACUUACUGCGGAUCAAAGAAAACCUUAUAAUAAAGCCUGGCAAUAAUCAAGAAACUCUAGAAUUCGCUGACGCCAAAGUAACUCCACCUGAGCUCUCACCAAUUGUUAACUUGGAUAGCCCAGAAGAUUUACAUGGGUUAGCUGAAUGUGUUGUUGCAGUUGAAUCGCUAUCAUUUUUAGCAAACCAAGUUUUAAACUUGCGCUCUCAAAUCCAAGGACUGUUGCCUAGUGAUCAGUGGCCAGCUCUUGAUCAUUUUUACUCUCAGGUCAGUGUAGCAGAGGACUUGCGUAAACCUAUCUACAUGAACAUUGCUUGGCAUGCCGUUGAUCUGCGGCAGUUGUUGACACAGAUGUCAAAAGUCAAUUGGGAGGUGCGAGACGUCAUGAGUCUGCACAGCCCUUACGUAGACUUUAUACUGAGGGAACUUCAGAUAUUUAGUAUGAGGUUAUCUGAAAUUUCCAAAAGAACGCCAAUUCCUAAAUCCACAAAAGUUUUGCUGUGGCAGUUUCUUUCACACUUGGUGUGCAAUGCAUUUGUCGAAGGCUUUUCAAAUGCUAAGAAGUGCUCUAAUGGUGGCCGAGGACUAAUGCAGUUGGAUUUUACACAAUUUGCUUCCAAAUUAGAGAAACUUGCUGAACUUCGACCAAUACCAGGCAAGGACAUUGUUGAACAAUACAUCAAAGCGUAUUAUCUACCUGAGCCUGCCUUAGAAACUUGGAUCCGAAGUCAUAAGGAGUAUUCGGGAAGACAACUGGCUGCACUGGUGAAUUGUGCCUGUCAGAAUAACAAGCGCGUCCGACAUGUGCUUUUGGGAUUAAUCGAAGAACUUGGCUACUGACAAACCUCACUCGCCCCAGAAUUUAAAUUUAUUUUAUUAGAUUAUUUUUGGUAUUCAGCAGAUGUGAUAAUUUAAAUUUUAUAAUAAUUGUUGUCGAAACACUGAUUUUAUUACAAAAAAUCCAUAUUUUUUACAGAACAACAUAUUUAGAUUCUGAGUGUGGGGUUUGUAGCUCUAACAUAGCUGAGCAGUGAUUGGUUCUCCUCGCACACCCAAGGCUUGAAGUGGUGGCAGGCAACAUCGUGCCAGUUGACUCCGUCCUUGUAGAACUGGUUCAAUAUGGCCAAGCAGUUUUCGGUGGCUCCUCCCUGGGCGGCCUCACGGUUGUCUGGCUGAGGACGUCCAAGUCUAGAAAUUAAAAAAAUCAGAAGAGUUUGGGA